AGGAACCGGGAAGAAAGCUGUGACCAGCAACGUCCUUCACUUCCUUAGGCUUAGUUCCUGUUUGUACUAGCCACAACUCGGCACUGGCCUCUGCUGACACUGCCUCCCACACAGAGACCCUAUCUAUAAGCGCUGCAGCCUGUUGUCUAGCCCCAGGCCUAAGGAUGGAUGUCCUGGAGACCUCCAAGUCACUGGAUGAGGAGCUGUACUCACGGCAGAUGUAUGUGCUGGGCUUGCCGGCCAUGCAGAGGAUUCAGGGAGCCAAGGUCCUGCUGUCAGGUCUUCAGGGCUUGGGGGCUGAGGUGGCCAAGAACCUGGUUCUGAUGGGUGUGGGCAGCCUCACUCUGCAUGAUCCUCACCCCACCUGCUGGUCUGACCUGGCUGCCCAGCUUUUCCUCUCAAAGCGGGACUUAGAAAGGAGCAGGGCUGAGGCAUGUCAAGAACUGGUCGCUAAGCUCAAUGGAUCUGUCCAGGUCUGCAUCCACACAGGUGACCUCACUGAGGACCUGCUGCUGGACUUCCAGGUGGUGGUGCUGACUGCCUCAAAGCUGGAGGAGCAACUAAAGGUGGGCACCUUAUGCCACAAGCAUGGAGUCUGCUUUCUGGUGGCUGACACCUGGGGUCUUGUCGGGCAGUUGUUCUGUGACUUUGGUGAGGACUUCACCGUGCAGGACCCUACAGAGGCAGAACCCCUGACAGCUGCCAUCCAGCACAUCACCCAGGGCUCCCCCGGCAUUCUCACUCUGAAAAAAGAGGCUGAUGGCCAGUACUUCUGCAGUGGGGACUUGGUGACUUUCUCAGGGAUUGAGGGCAUGGUUGAGCUCAAUGACUGUGCUCCCCGGCCUAUCCAUGUGCAGGAGGAUGGGACAUUGGAGAUUGGGGACACAACAACUUUCUCCUGUUACUUGCGUGGCGGGGCGGUCACUGAGGUCAAGAGGCCCAAGACUGUGAGCCAUGAGCCCCUGGAUGCAGCCCUGCUGCAGCCCCGUGUAGUGGCCCAGAGUCCCCAGGAAGUUCACCGUGCCCACUGCCUGCAUCAGGCCUUCCGUGCACUGCACAAGUUCCACCACCACAAUGGUCGCCCACCCCGGCCCUGGGAUCCUGUUGAUGCAGACAUGGUGGUGGGCCUGGCCCGGGCCCUGGAACCACUGAAGGGGACAGAGGGAGAGCCAUUGGAAGAGCUGCUGGAUGAGGCUCUAGUGCGGACAGUCGCCCUGAGUAGUGCUGGUACCUUGAGCCCCAUGGCAGCCAUAUUGGGUGCCAUGGCUGCCCAGGAAGUGCUCAAGGCAAUUUCCAGGAAGUUCAUGCCCCUGGACCAGUGGCUGUACUUUGAUGCCCUUGAUUGUCUUCCAGAAGAUGGGAAGCCCCUUCCCAAUCCCGAAGACUGUAUACCGAGAGGAUGCCGCUACGAUGGGCAAAUCGCAGUGUUCGGGGCUGGUUUUCAGAAGAAGCUGAGCCACCAACAUUACCUCCUGGUGGGUGCUGGUGCUAUUGGCUGUGAGCUGCUCAAAAACUUUGCCCUAGUGGGCCUGGGGACCAGGGGCAGUGGGAGCGUGACUGUUGCCGACAUGGACCACAUAGAGCGCUCCAACCUCAGCCGUCAGUUCCUCUUCAGGCCCCAGGACAUUGGUAGGCCCAAGGCAGAAGUGGCUGCAGAGGCCGCUCUCCGCCUGAACUCAGACUUGCAGGUGACCUCGUUCACCCACCAGCUAGAUCCCAGUACAGAGGACAUCUACGGGGACAACUUCUUCUCCCGUAUGGAUGGCGUGGCUGCCGCCCUGGACAGUUUCCAGGCCCGACGCUAUGUGGCUGUUCGCUGCACCCAUUAUCUGAAGCCACUGCUGGAAGCAGGUACACAGGGCACCCUGGGCCAUGCUUCAGUGUUCAUGCCACAUGUGACUGAGCCCUACAGAGCCCCAGCCUCGGCUACAGCUUCUGAGGAUGCCCCCUACCCUGUCUGCACUGUGCGGCACUUCCCCAGCACAGCUGAGCACACCGUACAGUGGGCCCGGGAUGAGUUUGAGGGGCUCUUCCAUCUGGCUGCUGAGACCAUCAACCACCACCAACAGGCACUCACUUCUCUGGCAGACACAGACAGGCCACAGGUGCUGACUCUGCUGCAGGCGGUGCUGGGUGUCCUGAGAGAGCGUCCACAGACUUGGCAAGAUUGUGUGGUGUGGGCCCUUGGCCACUGGCAGCUACGCUUCUGUUAUAGCAUCAUGCAGCUGCUGAAGCACUUCCCACCUGAUAAAGUGCUUGAGGAUGGGACUCUUUUCUGGUCGGGUUCUAAACGGUGUCCUCAGCCCUUGGAGUUUGAUGCCAGCCAAGACACGCACUUCCUCUACGUGCUGGCAGCUGCUAACCUGUAUGCCCAGAUGCAUGGGCUGCCUGGCUCACAAGACAAGACUGGGCUCAGGGAACUGCUAAAGUUGCUGCCGCUGCCUGGCCCUCAGGACCUGGCCCCCAUCUUUGCUAAUGACUUGGAUCCGGCUCUGGCUUCUGCUGAGUUUGGCCCUGAGCAGUUGAAACUGCAUGAAGCCCUGGAAUUCUGGAGCGUGGGCCCUCACCUGAAGCCCCUGAGGUUUGAGAAGGACAAUGACAGCAACUUUCAUAUGGACUUUGUGGCAGCAGCAGCAAGCCUGCGAGCUCAGAACUAUGGGAUACUACCCGCCAACCGCAUGCAGAGCAAGCGAAUCGUGGGCCAGAUUAUCCCAGCCAUUGCUACCACUUCAGCAGCUGUGGCAGGCCUGGUGGUCCUGGAACUGUAUAAGGUGGUGGGUGGGGCACAAUCCCUUGGUGCCUUUCGCCACAGCUAUUUGCAUCUGGCAGAAAACCGUUUCAGCCGCUGGGUGCCUCACGCCCCAGCCAUCCAGACGUUCCAUCACCUGAAGUGGACCUGUUGGGACCGCCUGAAGGUGCCUGCUGGGCAGCCUGAGAGAAACCUGGAGUCAUUACUGGCCCAUCUCCAGGAACAACAUGGGCUGAGGGUGAGGAUCCUGCUGUACGGCCGGGCCCGUCUCUACUCAGCUGCAUGGCCGCCUGAAAAGCAGGCCCAGCACUUGUCUCUCAGGGUGACGGAACUGGUGCAGCGGGUGACAGGCCAAGUGCCUCUGCCUGGGCAGCGGGUGCUGGUACUGGAGCUCAGCUGUGAGGGUGAGGAGGAGGACACUAUCUUUCCACCCCUGCACUACGAGCUGUGAUAAGCAGCAGCCUCACCACCCAGCUCUGUCAAGCCCUGCAUCCUGAGUCCACAGUAAACGCUCAAUAAAUGCUUGUUGAAAAAAG